CCUCAGCAUUUCCGCCUGAACGGGAAACAGAGGUUGAAGGAGAGAAAGAAAGGCGCUCUCACAUAAAAGAGGCUUGGCGGCAUUUGCUUACUGGUUGUCUCAAACAUUCGGAAGAAAACAAUCACCUCCAUUAAAAUCAGACACUGGAGACGCUGAAGAAAAGAAUUAUCUAUGGAGGGAGACCCCGGAAAAGAUUUGGUAUGCCAGAUGGUUAUGGAUGGGAAGGCGACUGAAGAAAAUGGUCUAUGGAGGAAUAUCCCUUCCUGUUGCACUAAAGCAAGGUCUUCGGCAACCAAACUUGAAGCAAAAUGCCACUCCACAGUUGUUUCCGGGUGGUUCUCAGAACCUCGAUCUUGUUCUGAUGGGACUGCCGACCUGCUUUAUUACAACAAUCCUAUGUGGCCUGGGGAGGCACAUUCUCUUAAAGUAGAGAACAUAUUAUACAAGGGCAAAUCAGAGUUCCAAGAGAUACUGGUUUUUCAGUCCUCAACAUAUGGAAAAGUACUCGUGCUUGACGGUAUUGUUCAGUUGACUGAGAAAGAUGAAUGUGCCUACCAAGAGAUGAUAGCUCACCUUCCCCUUUGUUCGAUUCCAUCUCCCAAAACUGUUCUGGUUGUAGGUGGUGGUGAUGGUGGGGUUUUGAGGGAAAUCUCUCGCCAUAGCUCUGUAGAACACAUUGACAUUUGUGAGAUAGAUAAGAUGGUGAUAGAUGUGUCUGAGAAGUUCUUUCCAGAUUUAUCUGUUGGAUUUGAGGAUCCUCGUGUCCAACUUCAUAUUGGUGAUGCUGCAGAAUAUUUGGGGUAUGCACCUGAAGGGACGUAUGAUGCAAUUAUUGUGGAUUCAUCGGAUCCUGUGGGUCCUGCUCAAGAACUUGUUGAAAGACCCUUCUUUGAGAUGGCAGCAAGGGCGUUAAGGCCUGGUGGUGUUCUUUGUAGCAUGGCAGAAAGUAUGUGGCUCCACACUCACCUUAUUCAAGAUAUGAUCUCUAUUUGCCAGGAGACAUUUAAUGGUUCUGUUCGUUAUGCUUGGACUAGUGUUCCUACAUAUCCGAGUGGUGUGAUUGGGUUUCUGAUAUGCUCAACAGAUGGACCGCCUGUUGAUUUUUCAAAUCCUAUUAAUCCUAUAGAGAAAGUAGAAGGAGCUAUUAAGUUCGGGAGGGAACUCAGGUUCUACAACUCAGAGCCCUACCCCCGGUUUGGAGAGAGGCUGUUUCCCUACUCGAAUCACCUGGGACCAAUGGAGCAACCUUACCGUUGUGCCGAGGUCCGCAGCUGAGAUUCAGUAUUAAAGAUGACCAUUUUCUCAGUCUCAAAUGACAUGCAUGCCCUUGGGGUUUUAUAUGUAUGGGUGGCACUUACUUUGUAGUUAUAUUGGCAAUUCUGCAUCUUUGUUCAUGAACCAAAUUAUGUUGUAUUAUUUAUUGAGAGUUUUGCCCUAAAUCUCAAAAAGAUUGUGCUGAAACCCUGUAUUAAG